GCACCAGGCUGGGGGUGCUGCUGCCUUGAGAGCUUUUCACUGGUCUUUACCUGCCACGUACUACAGCGUACUACAGUACUACAGUGCUGCCGACCAUGGCCUCUACCCUGGAGAAGUUCAUUCAUUCUCUGGACCUCAGAGCCCUUCCCAGGGUCCUCCAAAUCCAGUCAGGCAUCUAUUGUCAAGGCUCCGUCUAUGAGAUGUUUGGAAACGAAUGCUCCCUGUCAACAGAAGAAGUCAUUAAAGUUAUUGGCUUCAAAAUUAAUAAGCUCAUAGCAAGCAUCUGUGAGAAUAAUGAAGUCAGCCAGUUUUCAGCCAAAGUGGAAUUACCACUAAAUUUUCCUGGUCUUUAUAAAGUUGUGGCAGAUAAGACUCCAUAUAUCAGCAUUGAAGAGAUUGUAAAAAAAGUCUCCAUUGGGCCAACAAGGUUUGGCCAUCCUUGUUUCUACAGCACUGAGGAUAUACAAUUGGCAAACUUCACUAUCAAACAUGAUGAGAAGAUCACCUUCAACUCAGUAGAAGAAGUCCAUGGAACAAUGGCUGUGAACUGUGUUGUGGUCAGAAAUAACCAGUCUCAUUCCUUUACUUUGCCCCUUUCACAAGAAGGUGAAUUCUACGAGUGUGAAGAUGACCAGAUAUACACCCUAAAAGAGAUUGCAGAAUGGAAAAUCCCUAAGUGUAGAAACCGGAUUGUUAAACUUUCCAAUACUGCACAUACGUGGGACUCCUCUAGUCCACUUCCUGAGAAUUUUAAUGGCUGUUUGAUUCUCAUGCCUGUCUACGAAGUGCAGGCAGUAACGAAAUUUCGAAAGGACAUAGUUCAUAUUCUCUCAGAUCUGGAUGUUGAGGUCAAGGAUGUAACAGACUGUUAUGAUAUUAGAUCUUUUCUUCAGCCACUUUCUUUGGAAGAUAUAUUUGAGAGAACAAACAAAGAGUUUCCUAUGGUUGCUGAGAUAAUGGAAGGGCCUUCGGGAAGCCAAAAACCUUAUAACUUAUUGUCUACAGGGAAAGAGAUUGUCAUCUACAAAAAGUACCAGGCAGCAAGAGUCCUAGCCUCUGAGAUGAGAAGUGAUUCCUCCAAAAGACAUUAUUUAAUCCCUAUGAGCUACAAAGGAAAGUUCAAGAGAAGACCUCGGGAGUUUCCAACUGCCUAUGACUUAGAGAUAGCAAGAAGUGAAAAGGAACAUCUUCAUGUUGUGGCAACUAAAGCCUUUUCUUCCCCUUUUAAAGAGCUUUUAUCUGUUUCAGUUGGAGAUCAAUUUCUAGUUCAGCAAUGCCAGACUAGUGAAGUUCUGUAUGAGGGAAGAAAGAAACUCAUAGAUGUUUUAGCUUGUGAGCAAAUACUUAGUGAUUCACAUAAAAAAGUGCUCCUCCCCAUGUACAUGGAAGGUGGCUUUGUGGAAGUGAUUCAUGACAAGAAACAGUACCACCUCUCUGAGAUUUGCAAAGAAUUCCAUUUUCCUUUCAAUGUCAAGGUGUCCGUGAGGGACCUUUCCAUCGAGAAGGAUGUCUUGGCUGCUGCGCCUGGUCUUCAGUUUGAAGAAGAAAUCACAGACUCUUACUUGCUGAUCAGUAGUGCCAGCAGUCCAGCAGAGAGCUGGGAGAUCCCCGUGUAUCGCUUAAACAUGCUGGUCCAUUUGCUCAGCAAAGAUGUCCAGACAGUUGUACCGCCUGUGACUAGGACAACAGUGGAAGAAGUCAGCAAACAGGAAUACUAUAUGUUGCGAAGAUAUGAAAACCUGACCCUUCAUCCACCACCCAGGCCUCCCAAAAAGCCAACAGCAGCAGCAGCACCACCACCUAUUUUUGCAGUGCCUAAGCAAGGUGUGUCUGAUGUACUACAGGCUCCAAAGAAUUUCUACAUAGACACCACCAAGAAAUUGUGCUCAAAUCAAGCUGCUGAUGUUUUGGAAUUGCAAGUUAAUUGUCAAAAUGAUUUGGUGCAUCGUGAGAAUAAGGACAUGACUGGGAAAGCUACACUAGUGGAAACCACUGUGACUAAAGGCCUAGCAAGAAACUAUGAGGCAGAAGAGGAAGAGGAAGAAGAGCAUGACUACAGCUAUAUUGAUGAAAAUAUAGUUGAAAACAUAAGAAAAGUAUUUCAUGACACCAGCAUUAGAAAUGAGCAUUCACUCUCCAGAGGAAGAAGAGACAUCUAAAGAAAAAUAAUUCUGUAAUGAACUGGAAACAAGCAGAAAGCUGUGUCCUCACAUCAAGACUGACCACAACUGUAAGAAAAAGCUGCUCAUGAAAGUGUCCUUCUUGACUCAUGAAGAGCAUACAACAAGGCUGUAAUUUAGCUAUAAUAAUCCUCUGCGAAACUAAACUGCUUACUUGUCUUAAAUAAGAAGUCAAACCAGCUAAUGUCUCAUGACCCUUUGAAUAGACAAAGCUCUUCUGUACAUAUUUAUUAGUGAACUCAGAGAAUGAUGCCAAGUCCAAUUCUUCAUUCUUAUUGCACCUGAAAUUCCGGUUAUUUCCUGAACCUCUGUAGGGCAUAUGCAAGGCACAUCCCUUACUGAAACAGCCACAUAGUUGCUUCCUUUGGGUUUUGUUUUUGUUUUGGUUUUUUUUUUAAGAAGGAAAGGGUAUUAAAGGAUUGUCUUAGGUGGACAUUCAUUUCUUUAGCCAGUGUUACAUGCUUCAGGUUACAGCUCCAAACUAUAAAUGACCAGAUUCCGCCCCUUUUUCACAUGAUGGACAAAGCACAAGUAGUACCAUUGCACAACAUGUAUUUGCCCUGCAAAGCAAAGACACUCUUCUCACAAGACCCAGGAGUGCCUAAAUUAUGUAGCAUUGCCAUCUCCAUAACCUUUUUUACUGCUAAUGUCUAGAAUUACGCUAAAGUUAUUAUAUCCAGCAAUUUUCUGAAAAUGCAGCCACGAAUGGUAGACAGAAACUGGAUCUGAAGAAUUAGAGUCCAUGCCAUCGAUAUCCAUAUAGGAUAGGUGCAUAACCCUGUGGCAAUGGUUUGACUUUCAGGGAAAACUAUCAAGAAUCAAUGUGUAAACACACAAUUGAUGUGCCAGGGGUUUCCAGAGUCAACAGAAGCUUAAUCAGAGUGGCAUAUCCAGAAAUCAGCAGGGUGGAGAAAGGGAAUAUGUUUAGAAAGCCUGGACAUACCCUAUAUUUAGUUCUAUUGAGGAGUUAAAAAACAAAAACUCCAAAAAAGCCUUAGUAUACUUGAAAGCAAAAGUCUUUUCAAGCAGACAGUGAAAUCUCUUCAGACUUGUCUAUUACAAUUCUACUGAAUGAUUAAUUUUCACUAAUGCAAAUUAAUUUAGGAUUUCUUAAUAUUGUCUCACAUUAAUUUAUUCAAGAUAAAUGUUCAUCCUCAUUCAAAUCAGUUACAAUUUAAGUAUUAAAAAUAUCACUCAGAGUACUUUGAUUCCAUGCAUAUGUAGAAUACAACGUUUUGCAUAUCACUGGUUAACACAGCUUGUGGGUGUGUACAAAAGUGGCUGCCACAUAACUUGCAGGUAUUUUAAAUACAUAUUAAGCAUUAAAAAAAAAAUCUGUAUGUCUCUUUUGGCAGCUCAAAACAACUCCAUUUGUUUCGGUAACCUGGUAUUUGAAUUUUAUUUUUUUUUAACUUUGCUGAUUUUUUUUCUCUUUUUUUUUACUUUACCACUGAAUAUGAUGUUGUCUUCUGCUGGAUUUCUGAAAGGCAUGAUGUGUUCCUUCAGAAAAGUACUAGGUUUCUAUAGAAGAAAGGAUGAGAGGAAAGCCAACAAACUUCUGGGCUGCAAGGGCAGGAUGUGCCAGCAGGUAGAGGGAAGUGUCUCUUCUCUCUGCUCAGCACUGGUGAGGCCACAUCUGGACUUCUGUGUCAGUUCUGGGUCCCAAGAAAGAUGCAGACAUACUGCAGUGGGUCCUACAAAAGCCCAUGAGGAUGGUUGAGGACAAAGAGAGUCUGACAUAGAAGGAGAGGCUGAGAUAGCCUAGAAAAAACAAAGUGUCCUCUAGUUGCUGUAAAUGUUGAGUGUGAACAGAGUACAAUGAUAAAGUACCUUCCCAACAAACAUGAGCUUCUUUUGGAUAUUCUACACUGGAAUUUGGGAUCUAGUGAAAAAACCCAAAGGCUUAUCAGCCCUUUCUGUAAAUUCUUCCUAUUAAAAUUCUUCCAAAGAAGAAAUUUCUCUUCUUUGCAUAGAUCCUCUCAUAAGUAGCCUGGUUUGGUCACCCUUGUCACAUGAUGCAAUUCUGUCUUGUAUAUUCAGCCUCACUGAGUUGAAUGAGUUUCCUUCUUCUAAGUAAGGGUGGCGGUUUUAUGAAAUCUGUAAUUAUAUUAAUAGCAGAGAUGUCUCCCACAUCUUUCCCUCUGGCAUAUGGGACAACAUUGUGUCUUGUGACAGAAGUGGGAACUAUCCUGGCUGUUCAGUUUUUAUGACACAGCAGGACAAUGCCAUUUGCAUUCAGUUCUGGAUGGGAGAGAGAACGUAGUGCUGUCUUGAGCUGUGAAGAAAAGACAUUUUGUCUUACUGGAGAAAGCAGAGGGGAGGAAGGAGAUGUGAAGUAAGAUCCUAAUAAAAGGUUUGUGUUUGAUAUUAAAGACUUAAUAAGUAUUGUGAUUCCCUUACGGCAUACAGAUGACCACAGUGAUUUCUUACUGUUUGCUAAUACAUGUUUGACAAAGCUGUAAUGUCAUGGCAAUCCUUGAGGGACAUGGUUAUCACUCCCAGACAUUAAUGCUCAAGACGACUGCAUUCAGGAAGGGAAAGACAUUUUUAGCUGAACACAGACCACAAUUGCUAUGCCUGAAGAGAAUACAAGUGUAUUUAAAUAAUAAGAUAUUUGCUUUGCAAAAGAUUGGCAUAAGCUUUUGCACAGACUUGUUAGCUUAAAGGCUUAUCUCUUUUAAUGCUAAGAAGUAUUUUCAGUGUGUUCUCACUGAGGGCCUGAUCAGAAGCAGCUGCUUCCACAGCACUCCAUGUGUGCAUAAGCCCUUAGUGAGACAGAAUUUUCUGUUUGGAUGAUCAACAUGAACAUAUUUUUAUAUAUCCAGCGUUUGUGCCUGGGAAGAUAAGAAGAAUCUUCUCCCUGCAUUCUUCCUUAAAUGCCAAAACUCUUUUGUUUAAAUGACACAUGACACAUGUGAUGUCACCUAUCACAACACUCCCAAUAAGAAACCACAGUUUAUUCUUGCUAUCUCUUCACUUAACACAUAUCAUAUCUUUCCUACCCCUCCUAAGACUGUCCAGGUGUUUUCCUUUCAUUUUUAGACUGAUGUGUCUUUACCAUGCAAACUUUCAACUCCCUGACCCCAUGUUAAAACUGAUAGUCUCUGAGAGAAUGUUCUCUUGCUUCUACUUCAUGUAUUGGUGGCAGGUUUUGUUGUUUGCUUGUUUUUUAAUUUUUCUCCCUUGUUUUCUUAAUGUAUCUGUGUGCUGGAAGUGUUCUUGUGCUUUGCAAUAGUCGAUUUCUUUGAUAAACUUGCUCUGUAUCUUUUCUUGGGCUUUUAUACUUUCCAAGAUAACCUUUCACAACUCUCUCUGGGACUGAUGAACCAUGUGGGCUGGAUGUAAGUGCAGACUGCCAGCUGCUGGCAGGCUGAGUGGGAAGAGAGAUUGCCCUGCCUUUGCCUUGCCUUUGCUGCUUUUGCUGCUUUUGCCCCAGACUACUGCUGUCAUCUCCAUCCAGAGCAGGAGUACCAGAAUGGAUAGCUCAGUCUGACUAUUUUAAAUUCCUCAUGUAACUUUAAAUUCCUCAUAUUUGUUAACAUUUGGGCAUAUGUGGAAACAGUUGCAUGAUGUUUUAAGGGGCUGAUUCCACCAGGAUCUAAGAAAUGCCUCAACAUCCAUGUGCCUGUAUCCCCUUAUGUCCUCUGCAACAUUGUCCCUGAGGCUCUGGAUGCAGCAGUGCUGGCAGCCAGAGGCUCAGGCCAGCCUCAGAAAGCAAUAACUCUUCCUGGGGCAGCUUCAGAUGUUAUGAUCUGCCUUUCUUGCAAAUACACCACUCUUAUGUAAUUCCUCUGGUUCUCAUGGCGCAGAGGAAGGAUCUGAACUGGGUUCAGGAUUGCCCCACAUGGGGCACUGCAGCUACUUUGUCAGCAAAAAUACUCCCUUUUUGCCUCUUAUUUCAGUUGCCUGCUCUCUUAGGAUCAGUGAUCAAAUCUAUUAGCAUUUUGGGAUCUAAUGUCAUACAAAAGAGAGGUAGAAAGAGCCUUUCUUUCUGAAAUGACUUUACUAGUCCAGAAGGCUGGUUUAUACUGCCACUAUCUGUCCACUAUACCUGCUGCAGCCCUUUCCUGCAAACACACACACAAACAGUUCAUGCAAAUUUUCCCACAACUACUAACAGUUUGCAGAAGGACACUAAGAGACAUUAAGGAUUUUUUUUUAUUAUUAUUUUAUUGCUCUUUCUGUCCUGGAGAGUUUGAUUAGGCAUACAUCAGUUAAAAGCCAUUUUUGAAUUAUUUUUCUAGCCAUGUUUUAAGUAGGUAUAAAUGUCUUCUAACAAAUCUUUACAUGAUUCUGCCUCCAUUCCUCAUCCUCUGAGCCCCAUUUUGAGCCACUGUCAAUGCUUCCUUACUGAGCAGCCCUUUCCAGCUGGUGCUGUUGGGCAGGUCUGCAGCCCCAGGCUCCCCUACACCCUCCUAGGGAUCCUUGACAGCCCCUUCCCUGGGGCAGUUUGCACCAUGCACAUUGUUCUUAAAACACCUCAUGGCCGUUGUGUCUCAUUGUAAAAAAGAUAAUUAAAUCCAAAAUGAGCUUAGACUCAGAUCUACAAGAAUAUUCAUAUUUUUAAAUUGUAUCAAAACCAGGCAGGCAACGUGCUCCUCCUGGGGUCACUAAAGUUAGGGUGAAGGAGAUAACAGGUCUCCAUCCUGCUUUUGUGGCAGGAACUGAAAGUCCACAUCCUCCAACACCCUGCUGAGAGGAGCAGGCAAAAUGCCUCAGUUGAGAGAGUAACUGAACAAUUUGGAUUUGGGAAAUGCAGAGGGGUUUUAACAUUGUGCACAAGAGUCAGAGUACUUAUAUUAGGUUAGCUUUGUUUUCUCUCUGUCAGAGUCCAAAUCUACAUCUUCUACUUCCCAGCAGAAGAAUCUGCUAUCUGCCACAUUAGAGGCUGCCUUGGGCAAGAAUGUUUUUGCUCUUCCCUCCACACCUGCUAGGUGUGGUUUUCCCACCAGAAAAAAAAAGCACUUUAUUAUUCAUUAGAGAGCAUAGGCUGGAUAGGCACUCCCAAUUCUCCACAGAUUAGGGAUCAUAGGGAAGACAAAACUUAGAAGACCAAUUCCUACUUGAAAGGAUAAAGAGUAUUUUGGCAUCUUUACCAAUUACUUCCUUGAGUGUUUUCCCUGUAAGCUCCACAUCUUGAUGUCUAAGAAAGCUAAAGAAGUGCCUAUUGACACCUGUCAUCUGCCGUUCUGUGAAGGCACAGGUACCUUUCCUAGAGAAGAACAAGGUUGCCAUUCCCCUUGUGGAAGAAUAGGUGAAGAGGUCAGCCCUUACAUUUUUCUGUGAUGUAAAUUUUGGACAGUGUUUGGUAAGGCACAGCAGCUGUAUGCCCAGUUGCAAAUCUGUGGACAAGGACAAGAACCUCACUUCUGACCAUUCCUCAGAAAUGUGAUCACUCCUGUAGCAAAGGCACUGAAAACUGCACAGUGCUCAGAAACAAGGAGCUGACCUGCCUAAAAUGAGCUGUGGUGUGGGGACUGUAUAGUAUUCAGCACUAUUGUCUGAGUUUUGAAGAUGGACAGGCUCUUUCCUGGUGUGUUUUUGUUCUCCCAAGUUCUUCCUUUAUCAUGUACCACAUUUCAAUUCUAAACUUCCCUUCUUCACUCCUAAAUGUUAUUUGUCCCAAUCCCCUUAGGCUUGCUAUUGCAAGCCUGUACAGAAGUUUAUCUCCCACCCCCUCACCCUGGCUUUCUGAAGCCAGCUGCGGCUUUGUUUUUUCUAAACACCACCUCUGUCAAAUAAGAACAAGCCCUAAUUAAUGCCAGGCAUUCUUCAGUAGAGAGACCACAUAUGUAAAAGGCAUGAGGACAGAGCUGCAAACCCCAGAUUAAUGCUGAGCAUUUUGCAUAUGAGCAUAUGCUUUGUGAGCCCUUCUUGUCAGCAAACCCCUGCUUAGGUAGUCGUCAGCUUUUGCUAGCUCUUAUUAGCAAGUAAGCUCCUUCAGUGCUCUCCCAUUCCACUCCACAGACAUCCUACCACAUCUCUACAGGUUUCUCUUGAUGCUUUUCUCUCUGUUUAAUUUCUGAUACUCAGAAGUUUUCCUGCAAGUAUGCAUCUAUUCUAUUCCAAGAUAACUGGCUCUAGUCUACUUGUAAGAGUCCCCCCAUCCCAUAUUUUGUCUAAACUUUUAUGCAUUCCUCAGCUUCCAAAGAGCAAUGUCUGGCCAAUUUCUAAAGUCUUUAUCUGACUGGUUGUCUUGCUGGAACAGGACAAAGUGUACGAAAUACAUAAAUGCUUGAUGCUGUAUUAAGAAAGAUGACUCUUUCUCAAAAUUCUGAACUAUUUCCUAAUGUUUCAUGAAUUCAGGUAAGGAGUUAUUUGUUUUUUAAAAAUGUGCUUUAUAAAUAUUCCCUCAAAUGCAGCAGUUUUCAUUUUACAAGUUUGUAUUAAUGUUUUUUUUUCUAUUCUCAAAGCACACCUUAAGUUAAAUCUAAGUCAACCACAUAAAAGGUCAAAAAAAUUUUUAAAACUUUUCUGGAGCACAACUAACUUAAUAUUUUAGCAGCUGGCAGCUGUGGUGAUUACUUUUGGAUUAUAUCUAAAGUCUGCUGGAAACUAAUUACUGUGAUCUAUGAACCAGGUAAUUAAGGUAAAAACUCCCACAUUUUCUUAUACCUCAUUAAUGUAUUUCCUUUGAAAAUUGUUAGCUAAUGAUGCCACAUUAAGAGUUUAUCCAUUAAAUGACAAUGAAUAAUUAACACCUUUGUCCUGGGACAUUAAAGGACAGAAUGGUGUUUAGCUGCUCAAUGUGAUGAUAAUUAUUUCUUAAUUUACAGUGCAAAUAUCAUGUAAGUUUGGGAAGAAAGGAAAAAAUCAAACCGGGAAAAUGGAAUGGAAAGAAAUAAUUUUCUUUUCAUAGAACUUCAUAGAACUGGAAGGGUUUGUAUUGGAAGGAGCCCUAAAGGUGAUCUAGUUCCAAGCCCACUGCUGUGGGCAAAGACAUUUCAUUCAUUUCCUUUUUUCCCAAGAAACUUCAAGCCCUGUCUGCCUGCAGAACCCCACACCCACCUCCUCACAAUCCCUGUUUUCAAGAUAUAACUGAUUUCAAAUGUAGGUUAUAAUCCCAAAGAUUGGGUCUGAGUGUUCCAGGCACUAGGAGUACAAACAUUGCAAAUACAUCUCUUCCUCAGGAAUCAAAUCCAACAUAUGACACACUGCAACAAGUGGAUUAGACAUGGUGGGAUGGAAAAGCAACCUGUGGUUAUACAGGAUACAUAAUCACAUAAAUUAAGAUCCAGAUCAAAGUUUUCUUGAAGUGAAGUGGAUCAAAUACAAUAAUUCUCUGUUGUCAUGUAAAAGCUGGUACGGAGUAAGCUAAUUUUCUUCAGGACUGCUCUGGACUGGCUCUGCUCUACCACGUGAGGCAUUUACUUGUUGCAAAGCAGCACAGCAAGGGACUCUAUCUGUACUCAAGUAUUUAAUCUGAAAAAACAGAAAGCUUCCAGUUUGCAGAUGCUCUGCAAAAUAACAGCUUUGUUGGGAAACAGUCAAGGCAUUGCUUUUGGAUCAGAACUUCAAAACAAGGUU